GCUCAGUCAGACGGGAGCUUGAGUCGAAGGACGCUCUCAGGCGCGCGCGGACAAACCAAACCAACUUUAUAAUUCUGUUAUUGUUAUUCAUCUGUCAGAUCGGAGGGUUUUAUCUCUGCCAUCCCCCCCAGACUGACCCAGACCGACGCUUGCAGACGGCGGCCGGCCCACAAGCAUGGGAUUGUGAUGCCGCGGAACGAUGUGGGACGUGGUGCAUCUUGGAUCUUCGCGUUUCUGGAUAUAUUAAAAAUUAUUGGCAACAGUUGAAAGUCGCACGGAUCGCUCUGCGGGACCAGCAUGGAUUUACAACCCCCGGCCCCUUUUUAGGAGAACUUUUUACCGGUUUUCUGUUCAUUUAUUGGUUAUUUUUAAGUAAAAGUCCCAAGAACUCAUCGGACGCUCAAGAAUUUGUUUUUUUCCUUUUUGAGAAUUAAUUUUUUUAUUUGAUUACAAUUAUUAUUAUUAUUAUUAUUAUUAUUAUUAUUAUUACUAUUCUGGACUGGAUUUCCAACAUCAUGAACUUUAUUGACAGUUUGACACUAUUAUUUUUGACGCUGUCAGCUGUCAAGAGUGCCCACAUACCGAAGGAAGCAGAACGAGGUCCACAUGACGUGAUCCCCUUGAUAGAGGUGUACAACAAGAGUGUGUGUCAGCCACGAGAGGUGCUGGUGGAGAUUCUGCAGGAGUACCCAGACGAGGUGGAGCACAUCUUCAUCCCGUCCUGCGUGGUGUUGAGGCGCUGCGCCGGCUGCUGCAGCGACGAGAUGCUGCAGUGCACGCCGACAGCCACCCGCAACGUUACAAUGGAGAUUAAAAGAAUAAAACUCCAAAGGCAACAAAAUGACGUUUUCAUGAGUUUUACAGAACACAGCGCAUGUGAGUGUAGGGAAAAGACAGAAGUGAAAGAAAAGAAAGAAAAAAAAUCCCGGAAAGGCAAGAGUAAAGACCGAACGAGAAAGCGAAAGAAAAACCGUGACAAAACAAUUCACGACGCUGUCUGUGAGCCGUGUUGUGAUAGCUGCACAGAGAGGAGAAAGCGUUUGUUUGUGCAGGAUCCCGCAACCUGCCGGUGCUCCUGCAAACACACAGUUGAAUACUGUAGAGAUCGCCAGCUAGAGCUCAACGAGAAGACCUGCAAGGUAUCUAAUAGCUUGCCACUUGCCUUCUACUCCAAAAACUCCAGAAGAUGUGACAAGCCGAGAAGAUGAGAGCGGCGGCAGCACCAGAUGUACAAGAUGAAGGAAUAUUCUAAAGAUAUUUCACAGCACAGCACUUUGACUUUUGAACCGUAAGCUAUUUUCUGUGGAAAGCAUUCCCCUUGGUCUGACAAAGAACAAAGAGAUGGACUGAAAUUUCUUCCCUCUGUAUAUCUGCGUGUACAUAGACCAUUACAAGAAAAAAAAAGACAGAAUUUUUAUGCUGCUACAGAAACGAAUGACUAAACCCAUCAUUUGACUAAAAGCGAAGUAGCUGCCUCAUGGCUUUGCAUUUCUAACAGGCUUGCGAUGCAGGUGUAGUCUUAUUGCCAGCUCAUUGUGUGCAGUUACUUCACUGGAUAUGAGUCUACUGUGGUUGUGUGUCAGUCAUAACAAGCAAAACCUCUAGAUGUAUAUUUAACUAAUAAAUCAGCGGGCGGGACGAAAGAAGACGUGGGCAUGCCCUUCUUCGGUUGACGGAUGGACCUCUGUUUGCCGGCGUCCGCUUACACCUUCGGAACAAAAUGAGACACUUUUGACAGCCGAUGGAGAUCCGUCUCUGCUUGAGACCACAUCCUUCCCUCUGAGGACAUCACAGGACUAACGUGGACUCGAAGUCGCUGUCUGGAUCAGAGGAGACUCGGGGAGCGACGGUGCCAUACACUUAAAGGGAUACUGGUCAUCGGUUGUAGCGUUCAUUGUUAAACUACAAGAAAACCACUGAAAAUAUCAUAUACUGUAGUUUGAUUCCAGUUUAAAUCUGUGCCUGAGAGAUCCGCCGAGUGCUUUUUAAAUUAUUUCCUGACAAGAGGAGAUUGUCAAAGUAGUUUCUUUAUGGCGACACAAAAAAUCUAUUGAUUAUCAUACAUUUUCUUUUCUGACCUGUAAAUACUGAAUAUCCCUUUAAGCCAUUUGUCCAUUCUAGAUAAUUAUAAUGUUGUAGAUUAUUUUACAGUAUUCAUCAGCCGUCUACACAUAUUUAAUUUGAUCUAUUUAUGUAUGCUGUGUUAUGUACCCAUAGAUGCCCCCCCCCUGUGUUUAAGGUCACUGAUGGCUACUUUCAGCACGGCUCUCUGUGCUUUUAUAUGAAACAAGAAGUCAAAGAUGAUUUGCUAACAUUCCCUGAAUGGAUCAUUUGUACCAAUGUACUGAUGAUGUCUCCUUUUGUCGACCCCCGUCACGGGGUGCCAUGUGGAACUGUAACUUUUGUGUGUGUGUGUGUGUGCGGUACAAUGUGUGCACGAGCGAAUGUGUUCAUCUGCCUUUGCUACAUGCACAACUGUGUAGGUGUAAGAAUAUUGUAUUUAAGUAUUUAAAGAAAGUCGACCUGUGUUUUGUCCGUCAUGCAAGAUGCAAAAUAACUACUGCUAGACGCGGGUGUAAACGCCACAACGCCACCAGGAUUCUAAAUUUGGACAACAAAUCAUUCUGUCUGCCAUCAGCCUCUGUUAUUAGUCAUCUUCUCCACUAUUAACAUGUUUUCUUUUUCUGUGUCUAUGUAAAACAGUAAGCAUAUUUAUUUUUGAAUCAUAUUGUUUUUAUAUAAAACAAGGAAAAGGUU